CCCUUUUCGCUAGACUUCGCUCAUCGCUCUAGUUAUCAAGAAGAUGGUCCAAAUUUGAUGAAAUCGAUGAACUGAAGUAAAAGGAUUUGUCGCUGAGUAAUUGAAUUAAUAUUUGUGAAUUCUAAUCCGCACUGUAAAGCUGAAAAUCCGGUUCAAAUUUCAUAUAUUCACUAUAAUUUGAAUGAUGAAUCGAGAUGCAUCAGUAGCAUCGCAUCUUUCUAUAAAACUACGAUCAUAGAGGCUGAGGCUGUGCUGUUGAAGAUGGUAGUAUAAGUUGGAUAUCAUCUGUUGUUGUUCCUCAGAUCCGAAUUGCAGCGUUUGCGAUGUGAGGUUCUAGGUAAUAAAGUGCUGCGUCAUUUCAGAGUGCAAAAUUUACACUUCUCAACACAUUUUUCUCGAGUAUUAGACCAGUGGCAUUAUCCGUGCGAAGAAAAUGAGUAAAACGCCAAAGUUUGGAGUAACGGGAUUUUCACUUCAACGAAGUGCCGCUACUUCUACUCGAUCCGCCGCUUUACCUCCGCCUCCGAAUUCUGCAUUCAGUAAACAGGGAUAUUCUACGUUAAAUUCGAUCAAUCAUAACGCAAUCACCGCAGCAUGGGGCAUUCCUAAAAAAAGAACGAAAACGGAAGAAGAGUACUUCGAAGAAGACGACGAAACAGAUAGUACCAACUUGGAAUAUAUUCCCGCUCCCGGCAGUCCAACUGGUAAGCAUUCGGCCAAUAAUGAAUCAGGCGAAGACGAAGACCCGUUGGAUGCCUUUAUGGCUGGUAUUGAAAAACAGGUGAAAAAAGAAGCGGCCAAAACCAGUAAAAGUGUCGAAGGCGAGGAGGAAAAAAGUCGUAAUAUUAGGGACGACAUCGAAGGCGAAGAUGUCGAAGAAUCUUACUAUCGGUACAUGGAGGAAAAUCCUAGAGCUGGACUUCAAGAGGACGAAUCAGAUAACGAAAUAGAAUAUGACGAGGAUGGCAAUCCUAUUGCGCCGAAAAAAAGCAAGAUCAUAGAUCCGUUGCCUCCUGUUGACCAUUCCACCAUCAGCUACCAACCAUUCGAGAAAAAUUUUUACGCGGUGCACGAAGAAAUUGCUCGUUUGAGUAAGGAACAGGUGAAAACGUUGAGAGAAACUUUGGGGAUCAAAGUUACCGGACCGGAUCCACCAAAUCCCGUCACUUCUUUCGCGCAUUUCGGCUUCGACGAACCGUUGAUGAAGAUUAUUCGAAAAUCGGAAUAUAGUCAACCUACGCCGAUUCAGGCGCAAGCGGUACCUGCUGCGUUGUGUGGCCGCGACGUCUUAGGUAUCGCCAAGACCGGAAGCGGUAAAACAGCGGCUUUCAUAUGGCCCAUGCUAGUGCACAUUAUGGAUCAGAGAGAAUUACAGGUUGGAGACGGGCCUAUUGGCCUAAUAUUAGCUCCUACGCGCGAAUUAUCUCAACAGAUUUAUGCGGAAGCGAAACGUUUCGGCAAAGUGUACAAUAUAAACGUCAUAUGUUGUUACGGCGGUGGUUCUAAAUGGGAGCAAUCUAAAAGCUUGGAAAGCGGAGCAGAAAUUGUGGUAGCAACUCCUGGUCGAAUCAUCGACUUGGUUAAAAUGAAAGCUACUAAUUUGACCAGAAUUACAUUUCUGGUGUUGGACGAAGCAGACCGAAUGUUUGACAUGGGAUUUGAACCGCAAGUACGCUCGAUAUGUAAUCACACCAGACCGGACAGGCAAACAUUACUGUUCUCAGCGACGUUCAAGAAACGCGUGGAAAAAUUGGCUCGCGACGUUCUCACCGAUCCUAUUCGAAUUGUGCAAGGAGAUGUGGGCGAAGCGAAUGCCGACGUCACGCAAAUUGUCUGCGUUAUGAAUCAAGCCGCCAAAUUGCCGUGGUUGCAACGUAAUUUCGUAUUCUUCCUAUCAAUCGGAUCUGUACUGAUUUUUGUCACGCGAAAGCUGCAAGCUGAAGAACUCGCCAAUACGCUCACCGUGAAAGAAUACGACGUAUUACUCUUGCACGGCGAUAUGGAUCAAACCGAGAGAAACAAAGUUAUAACCAAAUUCAAGAAACAAGAAGUGAACAUUUUAAUCGCCACCGAUGUUGCCGCUCGCGGUUUGGACAUUUCUCACAUUAAGACUGUAGUGAAUUACGACGUUGCUCGCGAUAUCGACACGCAUACGCAUCGUAUCGGGCGGACAGGUCGAGCCGGUGAAAAGGGAACGGCUUACACGUUAAUCACUGAAAAAGAUAAAGAUUUCGCCGGACAUUUGGUGAGGAAUUUAGAGAGUGUCAAUCAAGAAGUUCCUAGCGCUUUGAUGGAUCUUGCCAUGCAGAACGCCUGGUUUCGUAAAAGCCGAUUCAAAACAGGCAAAGGAAAAUCACUGACUAUGGGUGGCGCUGGAUUGGGAUAUCGUGAACGACCUGGGCGAUCGACGCAAGAUUGUUCGGUUUUAUCGGGUAUCGAAGGCGUUGUACCUGCGUCGCAAAAAUCCGGUCCCGGCUCGGAACGUCUUGCCGCUUUGAAAGCGGCUUUCAAAACGCAGUACCAGAGUCAGUUUACUGCCAGCGAGGAUCACACGUGGGAACAAACUCGUAAUAAAGUGCAAUUUGGUGUGCAAUUUGUCAAGCCCGCUGAAGUGGCGAGCGCUUCGACUUCGACUUCGACUUCAUCCGCUGCGCAAAGUAGCGCAGACCAGUCCAAUUCGUCGAAUACGGCGGCUGAUCGUAAACAAAAGCGAAAAAGUCGGUGGGAUUCUAGUUGAUGUCGCUCGAAUUGAGCAUUAAAUAGAAUUAGGAACCUGUGAUGAAAUUUCGCACACCAUGAAAUCAUCGUUACGAGUACUUUCAAGUUUCAAACGUUGCUCUAGAUUCACCAGAGAAUCUAUUGCGCAAGAAGCCGAGUAUGUACUAUGUACUAUUAUCGUAUUUAUCAGUUCGUGAGCCAAUAUGCUUUUCAGUUUCACGAUUUAGUUUCACUUUUCCAACACUGAUUUUACAAUAAACGAAACUGAAUAACACCCAACUUACGUCUUUUUAUUUCAAAGGAAAGAGUUCAACAAAACAGAUAAAUUCACAUUUCAAACACGUUCUCAGGAUGGUACAAGAAGCUACGUGGGUAAUUCUGCAGACAUGGCGUUCUAUACGUCACAUCAUUGUUCGCAACGCUUCUGCUACGCUUCCAUUAUUUUCAGUAUGUUGCACGGGUUGUUUCCAUUAAAUCGCCGUCCGCGUUAUAUUGUACUAACAUCAAAUGAGAAACAAAAAAAAAAAAAAAAAAAAAACCUAUCAACAAUUUUAAAUAAGGAUUACGAAUGUAGGAAUCUCGCCGCUUAGAAUGUAAAAUGUAUAUCGUUUAAUUAAUGCACACCGUGAUUUUCAGAAAGUACGUAUUUAAAAAUAAUGCAUUUUACAAAUUAAUUUCAAGGGUACAAAGGUA